ACGCGCACAAACACGCGAGCCGGGUUGCCGUGAACGCGCACGCCAGGGGCUGGUGGUGUUGCUGUGAUGUCAAUGGCGACUGCGCCGUGGGAAGCGAGCGGGGAGUUGUUGAAUGAGUUCGCCGCUCAGUUGAGGAGCAGCAGCAGCAGCAGCAGCAGCAGCCGCCGCCGACAGUCGGGACACCGCCGGUGCUGAGGCACAGACAGCAGCCAGGAGGACACCGGAGGGCCCCCGUUUUAAAAAGCCCUACAUGGAAACACGGAGCCAGGUGUGUCUGCUAGCCGCGUCAUGACGUUUGGAGGGGCUUCUCACACAUCUGUACGACGUUGCAGCGACACGGGAGAAGCACCAACACCCUAUUAGCUCUGAGCCGAAACCAAGUCAGGAGGUGGUGUAGUUUUUUUUUUUUUCUUUUUCUUUUUUUUUUAUUUAUUUUUCACGUCUGGCCGCAUUGUCCUCCUCGCCGGAGACAAAGUGUAACCAUUCGUCCUUCGUGCUGGACCACCAUGGCUGAGAGAACCUCCACCGGGUUGCUAACGAUGAUGUUGGAGCCCACGCCGGCUGUCGCUAUGACCCUGCCGGCGGAGGUCCGGGAGAAGCUGGCGGAGCUGGAGCUGGAGCUGUCUGAAGGGGACAUCACUCAGAAGGGCUAUGAGAAGAAAAGAGGCAAGCUGUUGGCACCGUACAUCCCACAGAUUCAAGGUGUAGAUCCAUCUCUGCAAAUUGAUAACAGGAUCCAAGCCUCCUCCCAGGCUGUUCUUCCAGGUUCAAAACACAACAAGUCUCGGGCUGCCAAUACCCGGGAUGAGCGCUUCAGAUCUGAUCUGCACACAGAAGCCGUCCAAGCAGCUCUGGCCAAGUACAAAGAGAGGAAGAUGCCCAUGCCCUCCAAGAGACGAUCAGUGCUAGUUCAGUCUUCUGUCGAGGCAUGCACCCCGCCAGACACCUCCUCAGCGUCGGAAGACGAGGGCUCGCUACGCCGGCAGGGACGUCUGGCCACCUCCACGCCCUACCAGGGCCACGGCCACCCCGCCGUCGAGCACUGGUUUAACCGCGUCAUCCAGGGUUCGUCCACCUCAUCCUCCGCGUCAUCCACUUCAUCCCACCCGGGAGGGAGGUCCGUCACCAACACCACUGCCCACGCAGCCCUCAACGCCAACGCCGCAGCUACCGCACUUGCCGACCUCAUGGCACACACCCAGCUCGAUAACCACUCAGCGCCCCCAGACGUGACGGGGCUGUCGGAGCGCUCCUCGCUUCACGCGGAGCGGCCCCAGGUGGCCUCGAUGCGAGGCGUGUCCCGCGGCUACAACCACCACACCAGCGUCAUGGAGACCGCAGAUGGCUGUGAGUGGAGAGGUGAAGGAUCCCUCACUUUAAUUGAUGGCGUUCCGGUCAACAGUCGGGUCUCCAACAAAAUCCAGCAGCUGCUCAACACGCUGAAGAGACCGAAGCGUCCGCCGUUGCGCGAGUUCUUCGUCGACGACUUUGAGGAGCUUAUGGACGUCCAGCAGCCUGAUCCCAACCAGCCAAAGCCAGAAGGCCAGCAGAUGAUCCCUCUGGAAGGAGAGCCUCUCGGCGUGGUCACCAACUGGCCUCCCUCUUUGCCAGCAGCCUUACAAAGAUGGGGCACCACUCAGCCCAAGAGCCCCUGUCUGACAGCACUCGACAAUGCUGGCAAGCCCGUCUACACACUCACCUACGGUAAACUUUGGACCCGCAGUCAGAAACUGGCCUACACUCUUCUUAACAAGCUGAGCACCAGAAAUGAGCCUUUGCUCGUGCCUGGAGACAGAGUUGCACUAGUUUUCCCCAACAAUGACCCAGUGAUGUUCAUGGUGGCUUUCUACGGCUGCCUCCUAGCAGAGCUGGUACCAGUGCCUAUUGAAGUGCCGCUGACCAGAAAGGACGCAGGAAGUCAACAGAUUGGUUUCCUGUUGGGCAGCUGUGGCGUCACGUUGGCGCUGACCACGGACGCUUGUCAGAAAGGCCUGCCCAAAGCACAAACGGGGGAGGUGGCCACUUUCAAAGGCUGGCCGCGGUUGCUGUGGUUCGUGACAGAUGGAAAACAUGUCGUGAAGCCUCCGAAAGACUGGCAUCCUCCAAUACGGGAAGCCAGUAAUGACAUAGCUUAUAUAGAAUAUAAAACCAGCAAAGAAGGAAGCACCAUGGGGAUCACAGUGUCCAAUUCAGCUAUGCUGGCUCACUGUCAUGCCCUCACACAGGCCUGUGGCUACACUGAAGCUGAGACCAUAACGAAUGUCCUGGACUUCAAGCGAGAGGCAGGAUUAUGGCACGGAGUUCUCACUAGUGUCAUGAAUCGGAUGCACGUGAUCAGCAUUCCCUACUCCCUGAUGAAAGUCAACCCGCUGUCCUGGAUACAGAAGGUUCACACAUACAAGGCGCGAGUAGCAGUGGUGAAGUCGAGGGACAUGCACUGGUCCCUGCUGGCCCAGAGAGAUCAGAGAGACAUAAGCCUGAGCUCACUGCGCAUGCUGAUCGUAGCUGACGGAGCUAACCCAUGGUCGAUAUCUUCCUGUGAUGCCUUCCUCAACGUGUUUCAGGCACGUGGGCUUCGACCUGAGGUGAUCUGUCCAUGUGCCGGCUCCUCAGAGGCCAUGACUGUCGCCAUCCGCAGACCUCCAGAAAUGGGUGUUCCUCCUCCAGGGAAGGCCGUGCUGUCCAUGGGUGGGCUGAGUCACAGUGUGAUCCGUGUGGACACAGAGGAGAAACUCUCUGUCCUUACAGUGCAGGAUGUGGGACAGGUCAUGCCUGGAGCCCUGGUUUGCGUGGUGCGGGUGGAAGGGACGCCUUAUCUGUGUCAGACGGACGAGGUUGGAGAGAUUUGCGUGAGCUCAGGUAGCACCGGUGUCGCUUACUACGGCCUUCCAGGCAUGACGAAGAACAUCUUUGAGACUGUCCCACUAAUGUCGUCUGGGGUUCCCAUCACUGACAGACCUUUCACCAGAACCUCUCUACUGGGCUUUGUGGGACCAGACAGUCUUGUGUUUAUUGUGGGGAAGAUGGACGGACUGAUGGUGGUCAGUGGGCGGAGACAUAACGCUGAUGACGUGGUCGCUACUGCACUGGCUGUGGAGCCCAUGAAGUUUGUGUACAGGGGAAGGAUAGCAGUGUUUUCUGUGUCGGUGCUGCACGACGAGAGGAUCGUUGUAGUGGCAGAGCAGAGGCCAGACGCUUCAGAGGAAGACAGCUUUCAGUGGAUGAGUCGUGUCCUUCAGGCCAUAGACAGCAUCCACCAGGUCGGGGUCUACUGCCUGGCUCUUGUGCCUGCCAACACUCUUCCUAAGGCUCCUCUGGGUGGAAUCCAUAUAUCUGAGACCAAACAGCGUUUCCUGGAGGGCGCCUUGCACCCGUGCAACGUCCUCAUGUGUCCUCACACAUGUGUUACCAACCUGCCGAAACCAAGACAAAAACAGCCAGAGGUUGGUCCUGCUUCUAUGAUAGUGGGCAACUUGGUGGCAGGAAAGAGGAUAGCACAAGCCUGCGGGAGAGACGUGGCACAACUGGAGGACAAUGACCAGGCACGUAAGUUCCUCUACAUACAGGAUGUGCUACAGUGGAGAGCUCAGGCCACUCCAGACCAUCCUCUGUUCCUUGUUCUCAAUGCUAAGGGAACGGUGGCGAGCACAGCUUCCUGUUUGCAGCUGCACAAGCGAGCAGAGCGCGUGGCCGCAGCACUGAUGGGACGCCUCAAUACUGGGGACCAUGUAGCACUCGUCUACCCACCAGGGACUGACCUGAUUGCCACUUUCUAUGGCUGCCUCUACGCUGGCUGUGUGCCUGUCACUGUCAGACCCCCACAUCCACAGAACCUGGCUACCACCCUGCCCACCGUCAAAAUGAUCGUUGAGGUCAGUAAGUCAGUGUGUAUCCUGACAACCCAAGCAAUAAUGAAGCUGCUGAAAUCCAAAGAGGCUGCUGCUGCUGUGGACGUAAAGAGUUGGCCCCAGGUGCUAGACACAGAUGAUCUUCCGAGGAAGAAGAGUCCCCAGAUGUACAAGCCCCCGACCCCAGAGAUGUUGGCUUACCUGGACUUCAGUGUGUCCACAACAGGCAUCCUAGCAGGCGUUAAAAUGUCUCAUGCUGCCACCAGUGCCUUGUGUCGCUCCAUUAAACUGCAGUGUGAGCUCUAUCCGUCGCGGCAGAUCGCCAUCUGUCUAGACCCCUACUGCGGCCUGGGCUUCGCCCUCUGGUGCCUGUGCAGUGUGUACUCCGGCCACCAGUCAAUCCUGGUUCCCCCUCUGGAGUUGGAGAGCAACGCAUCUCUCUGGCUUGCUGCAGUCAGCCAGUACAAAGUUCGCGUCACCUUCUGCUCAUAUUCAGUCAUGGAGAUGUGCACCAAGGGCCUGGGAGCACAGACGGAAGCACUACGGCUGCGAAAUGUGAACCUGUCUUGUGUGCGUACAUGCAUGGUGGUGGCGGAGGAAAGGCCGCGAAUAUCCCUCACCCAGUCCUUCUCAAAGAUCUUCAAAGACUUGGGGCUUUCACCGCGAGCCGUUAGCACCACCUUCGGCUGCAGGGUGAAUGUGGCCAUCUGUUUGCAGCCCAACAGGCUAGGGAAACUGGCUGAGCAGGGUACAGCUGGACCAGACCCCACCACUGUUUAUGUGGACAUGAGAGCGCUGCGACAUGACCGGGUUCGCCUGGUUGAGAGAGGGUCACCACACAGCCUGCCGCUCAUGGAGUCUGGGAAGAUCCUUCCUGGAGUAAAAGUGAUCAUCGCCAACACAGAAACUAAAGGACCCUUGGGAGACUCCCAUCUAGGAGAGAUCUGGGUUAGCAGUCCUCACAAUGCCACGGGCUACUACACGGUCUAUGGGGAGGAGGCGCUGCAUGCUGACCACUUCAACACCAAGCUCAGCUUCGGGGACACCCAGACGGUCUGGGCAAGGACCGGCUACCUGGGCUUCCUGCGGCGCACCGACCUGACUGAUGCCAGCGGAGAGCGCCACGACGCCCUCUACGUGGUAGGCUCUCUUGACGAGACUCUCGAGCUGCGGGGAAUGAGGUACCAUCCAAUUGAUAUUGAGACCUCUGUCAUCCGUUCUCACAAGAGCAUAGCUGAAUGUGCGGUGUUCACGUGGACAAACCUCCUCGUGGUGGUUGUGGAGCUGGAGGGAUCAGAGCAGGAGGCCCUGGACCUGGUGGCCCUGGUGACCAACGUUGUCCUGGAGGAGCACUACCUCAUCGUUGGGGUGGUGGUGGUGGUGGACCCCGGCGUCAUCCCCAUCAACUCCAGAGGGGAGAAACAACGUAUGCACCUCAGAGAUGGAUUCCUUGCAGACCAGCUGGACCCCAUAUAUGUGGCUUACAACAUGUGAAACAUUAACACGCUACAGAAGACAGCAGGACAGUAAAUGGUGGUAUUGAAGGCCCAGGGUCAAAAUGGCUUCCGCUGAAAGGAGAAGUAAGAAAGAAACAUGGAUGCAAAACCU